GCUAGAUCGCGGCUCAGUCUAUGGAAACUCGCGGUGAGGUAUAAAUAAAACGACAUCGCGGUAGGUCUGGAACCGAACAAAUCGCGGUCGCGGCGUGCUGUGGAAAAACAAGAGAAAAGCGCAUGUCACCGGAACGACCGCGUGUCACCGGGUUUUGGCGCGAAUCGCUUUUUUGCUGGACGAUGUUUUUUUGUUUGUGUGAAAAACUGGGAAUUACGCUGCGCAACUAGUGUGUUACGUAAAUCGGGGAAUGAUUCAUCAAUGGAACAACAUGUGAAAGCUUGGCGGAGCGAUUCAACAGAUAUCGGAAAGACGUUACGCCACAAAUCAAAAGUUUCGAUCUUCCGAACCGCACAGUGUAAAGAGUAUUUGGAGGUAGCUGAAAGUUUGUUUGGGUGAUGCAUCUGCCAGUCUCACUGAACUCUUGCAACGUUUCAGAAGAAGCGUGGCCCAAGUCGACAAUGUGCGACUCCUCAUCCGGGUACCAAACCAACCCGGAUUUUUACUGGUUUGAACAUAGGGUUCACGAGAUUCAAUCCGAAUACGCUGGCGAGCUAGUGCGCACCGGUAGUCCGUACAUUUUGUGCACUCAAUUGCCUGGUCAUUGGCGUAGCAAUAAGACGUUGCCAGUAGCGUUCAAAGUAGUCGUUGUGGGUGACGUCGUAGAUGGAACGGCUGUGACAGUUCGAGCGGGUAACGACGAAAACUGUUGCGCAGAAAUAAGAAACGCGACAGCGCACAUGAAGAACCAGGUGGCAAAGUUCAACGAUCUAAGGUUCGUUGGCCGAAGUGGAAGGGGAAAGUCGUUUUCGAUAACGAUAACGAUAGCUUCUAAUCCACCACAAGUUGCCACGUACAACAAAGCGAUCAAGGUGACAGUUGAUGGGCCUCGAGAGCCACGAUCGAAAACCAGUGAGUACUGAACUGCCUGUAAAAGAUAAUGU